AUGACCCGUGGCAAUCAGCGCGAAAGUGACCGAGCCAAAGCUCUCAAGAAGCUGGGCGACUCUGGAAAGAAACAGACUGGUAACCCUCAGGCUAGGCGAGAAGCGGAUGCGAAGGCUGUAGCUGAGAAGCAAGCUCUCAAAGCCAAAGCCCGUGCCGAGGCGGAAGCCAAGGGUGAAUUGUCCGCUUUCGACGCCAAGCAGGAAAAGAGGAAACAGAACACUGGUCCUCCCGGGGGUCUCAAGAAGCAGUAA